UAUGCAAAGCCGUAGCAGAGUCUGCAAGGUUAGUCUCAGCUUCUCAUUUCCAGAAAUGGGUAGCGUUUUGAUGCUGUCUUUGAAACCCCACACUUUAUUUUCCUCUCCAUUUUCCCGCACUUUCUCGUCUCCCAAACACCUCAAAAAACCCUUUAUUUCAUCCACCAAACCAUCGAAAUCUUCUAUCACCAUGUCCAUUGUUGAGCAUGUGGUGCUUUUCAAUGUAAAAGAUGAUACUGACCAGACGAAGGUCAACUCGAUGCUCAACGGCCUCAACGGCUUGGCAUCUCUCGAUCCCGUCCUCUAUCUCACAGUCGGUCCCGUCUUCCGCACGAGAUCUCCUAUCUCCGAUUUCACACACAUGCUCCAUAGCCGAUACAAGUCCAAAGAAGGCUUGAGCGCGUAUUCCGCACAUCCCGAUCAUGUCCGUGUUGUCAAGGAAAACGUCCUCCCCAUUUGCAACGAUGUCAUGGCCGUCGAUUGGGUUGCCGAUAAUGAUCCCGUCCCAUUGUCGCCGCUCUCCGGUUCCGCCAUCAAAGUGACAUUCUUGAAACUAAAAGAGAAUGUUGACGAUGAUGUGAAAAGUGAUAUUCUUGGGGUGAUUAAAGGGAUUAAGGAUGGAGUCUCCGGUGUUCAACAGAUCACUUGUGGGGAGAAUUUCUCCCCCGGGAGAGCUAAGGGCUUUUCGAUCGCCUCAAUUGCCUUCUUUUCCGGAGUUGUAGAAAUGGCGGCGGACGGGAACGAGGAGUACGUGAACCUACAGAACAGAAGGUUAGGGAUCAUUUGAAUGGUGUUAUUGUUGUUGAUUAUGUGAUGCCAUCAUCAUCUUCAAAUCUUUGAUAGAAAACCAACUCGUUUAAUGGCUGAUUUUGGAAACAUUGAAUAAUUAUGGGACUAAUUAAACUUUGGAAUCAAGAUUUUGCAUUGGUUGUGCGUAAUUAGAUUGAAUAUCGAAAUUGGUCA